AUGUUUGCGGUCUCAAGUGCGGUCGCGAGCGUCCCAUAUGCGCUCGAUGUGACCGACUUAAUGCGACGUGCUACUACCCUAGCCCCCCAAAUCGCCGGGGUCCGCGAACUCAACGGAACAGCCUUCGGCUACUACAUAGGACAACCGAACGCGGUCGAGAUGCAACUCGCCCUCGACAUGCUGCCCAAUGUGACCUCGCGACAUAGCAUUGUGAGCCUCAGUCGCAAUGAUUCCCUUGGAGAUAUACUCCCUGGUAAUGACGCCGAAGCGGAUAACAUAUCUGUGCCACUAGCCACGGGAACACCUGUACUGUCUGAGUCCUAUUCAACACAACUACGUGUGACAAGUUCAUUCACAACAGAACCAGCCCCUACCUCGGAUCAGCCACCCUUGCCACCAACCGCCCUUGGUCUUUCGUUGCUCGAAAUAUACUUUUCACGCGUGUAUAACGCAUCUUUAAUGUUUUAUAAGCCUGUUCUCUUCCAACAGUAUCUUGCAGGGGAACUUCAUGGCGCUCUUCUGAAAGCUCUAUUUGCGCUAGCAACACUGUUCCUUCAACCGACAAAUAUAGACGACGAACGCCAUGUCGCAGCACUAGCCUAUCGGUCCUGUCAGCUUCUUGGAUACAGCAAGAAAAUUGCUGGCAGUACUGGUGGUUCGGAUUUGUCGCUCGAAUCAGAACUUGGCCGUCGGUGCUUCUGGGCUUGCUGGACAUCUACAUGCAUUGUGAUGGAGCCAGAAUCAUUUGUCAGAUCAUGCUGGCAAGAAGUUGCCGGGGUACCGCUCCCAGGAUUGAUUUUCAAUACUUCGUCAGGUCACAAGAUACUCCAUACCGAGAAAAUGGAUGAGAAUUGGCAUUCCAGUGUCCUAGGAUUUGUGGCAAAUACCGAGACUCAUCCGGGAGUCGCAGCACAGUUGGUGAAAAUGGUUGGGAUAUGGAGCCCCGUUCACCAAGACGGCUCGUCAUAUGAAGUACAGGUCCUGUUUCUCGUGCAUGAUGCCAUUUACCAUCAAUGCCAAAUCACAAUCCAUUCAAUGAUCGUUCCUUUAUUUUCGGGAAUUCCCCCUGAUGCGAAGAUAGGCCUUGGCAUGCAGAAAAAAAGCGCAGAGACUGUUGCAAAACAUGCAGAGCUCUUCUAUACCCUAUUGGAACCAUACCUCUGUGGGCGUUAUCAUGCAUCACGUCUCCCACCUCUCGUUGGCUACGGUGCUUUUGUCGCUGGUAUUGUACUUCUGGCUACGGAAAUAUCCUGCCAGGAGAGAGAGACCAGUGGCUCGUCUGCUCAGACCGUGAAGGAGAAUUACAGACUAGCUGCUGUGAAGUCAAUAUUGCGCCUAUUGGAUAAUAUCAGAGUCUAUUGGACGGUGUUGCAACGUCCGUGGGAAACCUUGUAUGCAGCGUUGCAAACAGAACUUUCCAAGCGAAAAGCACAACUGAGGCCAACAAACUCACGGGGUAACCAAUUGUCGGUACAAGUCGAUGAUUACGAACCUCCCGAGAUAUCAGAAACAUACAACCAAAAUAUGGAUAUUUCAAAUGAACAGCUGCAAAUUUUGGCGGCCGAUAGUAGUGGAGGAGGACGAGGACAUGAAACCCAAGUCGGCUCCCAUCCAUCUACAGUCAUCGACGAUCGGCUUGAAGCUCAAAGUGAGAUGGAAGAAAGCGGCUCGCUGAUGGAUCAGAUCAAUUUACCACAAGACUAUAACUGGUACAGUUUAUCUUUCGCGGAAGCUGGAGUAGAGCAGUUUGCCGGGCUCGAUCCUUCUACGCUAUUCCUACAAGGCUGGAGGACAUUUGGUUAG